GGAUCAGUGUAGCCGUUUUCUCACACAUGCGCAGAGGGGACCACAAAAUGGCGGCCACCGUGAGCAGCGUUUGUGUGACACUGAGCAGAUCUGUGUGGAAUAAAAACAGAUUAUAUCACACAGUCAGGAGAAUUCCGACUUCUGCAGCCUGUUUACGGACACACAGCAGCUCAGCUAGAGGAGGUUCUGCAGUAACUGAGAGCACCGAUGAGUUCUGCUUUGUGGAGCGACUGAUUCCUCCAACACGUGUACCGCCUCCACCCAAACACACAGGCCCCGCCCCAUCAGGAUGGACCCCACCCUCAGCUACACCUCCAUCGCUGCCCUACAUGAUCCGACGCUCUCGAAUGCACAAUAUUCCCAUUUACUCUGACAUCAAACAUGGAAACCAGAAGAACACUGUGGUGCGGAGGGUGGAGGGAGACAUCUGGGCUCUCAAUAAAGAUAUGAAAAAUCAUCUGCAGCAGUUGACGGGCAGAGAGCCGCCCACCAAGGUCAACGAGGUCACCAUGAGCAUCCGCAUUAAAGGCCAAUUUGAUAUGGAGCUGAAGGAGUGGCUGCUGAAGCUGGGCUUCUGAUCAACACUGAAUUAUUAUUAUUAUUAUUAUUAUUAUGAUUAUGUGUGAUUAAUACAUAAAACUGAUUCAGUGAAAUCGGACAAAGUGUGUGUGUGUGUGUGUGUGUGUGUGUGUGUGUGUUACACCAGAUGUAUACAGCUGUGUAUAAAUAAAGUUUAAACCUUGUUUAGUCA